UGUCAAAGUUACUUGGGGUAGAUUUUUGCCGCCUCCGGCCUGGGCACUGAUGCUUGAGGCGAGUUGGCAGCAGCACCCAUAAUGUCUGGGCACCCACACCUACCCAUUGCCUCAAAUAGUGCCCUGUAAUUAGUGAACAACUAGGGAAGGAUGGUUAGUGAUUAAUGCCAGAAUAUAAUUAAGAGUUCCUGUCUUCUUGUAACUUUAGUGGAGCAGCCAUGUUUUCUCUAAAACCACUAAUAUACCACCAUCUUCAUGGCUAAAUCUGCUCAGUAACCUAAAUGAGAUUAUUGUAACACCAAGAGCUCAGCUCACAGGCCGCAGGGAGGUGUGUGUGACAAGUAUUGGGGAACAGACAUUCCUCUCAGUUUAUUCCAUUGGUUAUUAUGGGAUGGGAAAGUGAAAGCCAAGACAAUAGUAGUGCGCCCUUAGCGCUCCCACAGGCAGCAGCGAGGGUUAAAGCGAAAGCUCCUCCAGAGGAGGCGGAGACGGGGCCGUGGGCUGUAUGGGAGGGACAUUAUGAGUGCCAGGCGCCUUGUGGGGACAAAGCUACUCUCCUCACUAUCGUGUUUACAUCUCUGUACUGAGCUCCCACUAACUGCUCACUGCCGGGCUCCGCACCGCUGCCCCAAGGUCCAGAAAGCAGUCAGAAGAUCAGACCCCAUAUCUGCCAAGAAUUUAUUCCACAUGAUGUCUGCACAGGCAUCCAAAGACCACCCUGAGGGGCAGAAACCCCCUUUGCUAGUGGAUGACCACACUGUGACUACUGUUCGAGAAUCUAAGAUAUUGGUUCUUCUAAGGGGUCUGCCGGGAAGUGGAAAGUCAGAGCUGGCCAAGGAAGUUGAGCAGAAAUACAAGGAUAGCUCUAGACUUUUUUCCGCUGACCAGUAUAACAUAAGACCCGCUAUCAGGAGCGCCAGUGGGGGGGAGUAUGUCAAACUGGAUGAAGAUCUCAACUCUUGCUGUGAAAGACAUGAAGCCAAUAUGGUUAUUGUCGACGACACACACCAUGACAGGGAACGCUUGGAAGAGCUGUUUGAUCUCGCCAACAAGUUCCAAUUCACAGUAAUAGUGCUGGAACCUAAGACCCCUUGGAGGCUCGACUGUGCUCAGCUGAAGGAUAGGAAUCACUGGAAGCUCUCGCUGGAAGAACUUAAGAACCUGAGACCUACCCUGGAAAAAGAUAUCCUGCCGCUGUAUUUUGGCUGGUUCUUGGCCAAGCGCGAUGAGGACAACCUCAGAAAGACAGCCCAUGAGUUCCUGGAACAACUGGGAAACCUCAAAGCAUUUAAGAAACGUCUACAAGCAUUUGGAGUUGAAGACAAGCACAAGUUGGACUUGCUGAAGUAUUUUGCCAAAACUCCCAACAUUUUGCACUGUACAACCAAGUUCUGCGACUUUGGAAAGGUGCCCGGAUCAGAGGAAUACGCACAGCUGGAGGCUGUAAGAAAGAAUUAUUCCAGAGGCUUCACUCUCCAUAUCUCGGCACUGUUCGUCACUCCCCGGACCGCAGGGGCCCAGAUCGAACUGACUCAGGAACAGCUUCACCUUUGGCCGUCGGAUGCAGAAAAGGAAGUGAUGCCCAAGGAUAUUCUUCCCCGGGGAAGCCGGGCUCAUAUUACUCUGGGCUGUGCAUCUGAUAUACAGGAUGUCCAAACUGGUAUUGACUUACUGGAGUUUGUAAAGUUGCAGCAGGCUGGCAGGGAGGGGGAGAAUAUGGGGGAGCUGUUAGGGGGCAAAAUAUCCUAUUAUGAUAAUGGCAUGUGGAUGCUGGCAUUGCCCAGAAAAAAAGAGGUUAAAACCAUUUUCUCAGGUUAUUAUGGGAAACCAGGGGUUACUGCCCCUCACCUGGGCAAAAAGGGCCUGCUACCCCAGUGUCAAAUUGUAUAACCAGAGAACCAGAAAGAAGGCACUUAGAGUCCUGAUAUUUCAAGUUAUUUCAUUUGUUUGGAUCUAAUGGUUGGUAUUAAAUUUAUGAAAAAUGUCGAUAAAGAUUUGAAAUAUCUAUUGGCACCGAUUUAAACAUGAAAAAAAAAAGGUCAUGGUUGUAAUAUUCCCAUCCUGUUACGUUUAUAAUUGAUGGCGAUGCCUGCAGGGCCCAACCCACCCUAAUAAGCAUUUCAUUAGUCAUACUGAUUAGUGAUACUGACCUCAUUCUCAGGUCACGGCACAAAUCCAACCAUGCCACUGGAAAAGCGGAAAGGGGCCCACAAACGCCACGCUAAAACUGGUGGUCUUUGUUCUUUUUUUAUUCAUUGUUACAUUUAUAUUAGGGGGAAGGAAGCAAUUCUCUUUGCACACAACACUUCCUGCUGAGAGGGACGUAAUCAGGAAAUGCCAGCAGGGCAAGGAGAGAUGCCAGCCUUCUGCAACUGGGGCACGCGUUCCGUAUAAUUACUCUCCGUGUACAAAAAAAUGUAUGUGGGCGAGAUCAUAAAUGUUCAUUUUAUUUUAGGGAUGUGCUAAAUACCUCCAUUUUUGGAUCCAACACUGUAUCUUCCACUAAUGAUCUGGCUGAAUACUGAACCCUGAUUGGCUUAUCAAUUCGUUAUCGGUUGUGAAUGAAAAAUGUUCAUUCUGAUUUGGUUGAACCCUGAGUCCUGCAAAAAGUUCCAAAAUUCAAACCC